UCAGACUGUGUGAGUACCUGGCCGUACUUGUAUGACCUGAAUGGGGCAGCGAGGCUCCACACAACCAGAGGCCCGGGUCCUCCUCCUGGGUCUGGACAACGCGGGAAAGUCGACCAUCUUGUACAAGCUGAAACACAACAAGCUCGUCGGCACGGUUCCCACCAUCGGCUUCAACGUGGAAAUGAUCGACGUGAGGAAGAAGAAGAAGAACUUGGCCCUGACCGUGUGGGACGUUGGCGGCCAGGCGGAAAUGCGACGUCACUGGCGGAGCUUCUACCAGGACACCGCUGCCGUCGUCUUUGUGGUGGACAGCGCGGACAGGGGCAGGGCGCAAGAGGCCAAACGGGAGCUGGAAAACGCCCUGAGGAGCGAGCAGCUCCGCGGCCGUCCGCUCGUCGUGCUCGCCAACAAGCAGGACGUGGACGGCGCCAUGACCGUGAGCGAAGUCAAAGACUACUUCAACCUGAAGAGGAUUUGCGCCGAGAGGGACUGGUACGUCCAGCCGUGCUCCGCGUCCACGGGCUUCGGCCUGGAGGAAGCUCUCAAGAUGGUCAGCCACACGAUCAAACUGCCGUCGGAAUCCGCAGCCCACGUCAAGGAGAACAUUAAGGGCACAGUGAGUUACAUCAAAGCCAAGUCUGUGAGGCGUUGAAUGUGGAUUUUGAUUGGAUUUGUUUCCCCAACACUUGGGAAUAACCACAAAAAAGUGUCAUUUAAUAAGCUGGCACUGCUGUGGUGAUCAGAAUUGGAGGUAUGGUUAGGAAAAGUGGACAAUACAAGUGCCAUAAUGAACAUUUACACCAUUUCGUAAGAAACAACUUGAACUGUGGCAAUGUUUAAGCCAAAACAAAUAUUGUAAUUGAAAAUAGUACUACAAUUUUUUUUAAAUGGGCUUUAGUUUUGAAAUGUUUCCCUCAAAACAUGCAAUUACAGUACAGUAGUUGUAAUAAACAAGUUUUUAAAAUUUUCUAUAAAAUCACAAAGAUCACUGAUACUGUAUUGUGGUAAAUACAUUUAAAUUCUAGUUUUGAGCAUUUGGGAAUAUUGGUCCCACUGACUAUUUAAAUUCAUUUAAGAUACAUUGAUACUAUAUUGUAGUAAAUUGUGGUUUUGAAAAGUUAUUGUAGUUGGUCCCAUAAUGCAAAUGUACACUAUUUUGUUUGCAACUUAAUUUUAAGUGUGGCAAUGUUUCAACCAAAACAUAAAUCAGAACUUGUAAACGGGAAAUCUUAUAAUCAACACUUCGGUCCUUCAAGGAUCACUGAUACAAUAUUUUGGUAAAUUUCAUUUGAAUUGUAGCUUAGAAAAUUUGGCAAGCGUUCUGUAAUGAAAAUGUGUACUAACAUUUAGUAAGCAAUAGUGUCAGUGUUUCAACCAAACGUAGAUACUUUUUAGUCCAAGGCCUGAAAAAAGGCCGUUUUGAAAUCUGAAAAACAUACAUCAAUACUUGCGUACCAUUUCAAUCAGCUACAAAUACUGUACACAAAUAAUGGACUGAGGUUUUGAAAUCUUCCGAUAUAAAUUCCUAUAAAGAAGACUGGUAUCAUAUUGUAAACAUUUCAUUUGAAUUUUGGUUUCAAAAAGUUACCAAUUAGUCCCAUAAUGGAAUGCUGCAAUGUCAUAAUUCGCCGAUCAUUGAUCGGCUCCGCAAAAGACAUUUACUCCGCGUCGCCAUCGUGCACAUUAUAUUUGAAUCCAAAAGUACCCCGCCUGCUGCCCAAAGAUAGCUAGGUUUGGCUCCAGCACUCCGGCGACCCUUGUGAGGAGAAGCGGCUCAGAAAAUGGAUGGAUGGAUGGAUCAGACUACUGCAAUAAAAUAAUGUAUUCCGAUACCACCGCACCCCAUUUUUUUUCGAUCAUUUGGCAUUAUACGUACUUUUAAUACGAUACGGCUCACAAGCAGGCAAUAAAAUGUUAUGUAGCCUAGCAAGUGAGUGGUAGCACGAACGGUUGUUCGUAAACAUGCCGCCAUUCUGUCGAAUCACGGUCUAAAGUUUCGGUGUGGGUGAAGUCAUUUAAUUAAAAAUUAUUUAAUUACAGUAAGUUAGCACCCAUUAUUUCUGUCAUGUAAUGUUGUUUCGACCUGACUCAUUAGAAUACACGAUCUGACUGGAGCAGUGAUUUCCAACCUCUGUGGAGCCAAGGAACAUAUUUUACAAUUGAAAAAUCUCACGGCACACCAACAAACAAAAAUGUCACAAAAAGCGGAGACGUUAAUUACUGUAUUUACUUCCUGCCAUCUAAUGGGAGACCAUUCAUUUGUUCUGUCUCUCACUAUGCCUCACUGGUAUAAAUAGAGGAACAAAGAUACAUUUAUUGUAAAUAUAAUUUUUUGAGCAAUUCAGUACACAAGUAUAUACAGUAAAAGAACAGGUCAUUUCAAUAGACACAUUCCUGCAUCUUGUGAUCGGAUCAGUUUUUUAAACUCGCUGAUCGGCCCCAAAAAUCCUGAUCAUGGAAAGCCUAGUAAAUACAUUUCAUUUGAAUGUUUGACCAAAUUAUCAAAAUGUUUAGUUAUAUGAAAUGAUGAAUGAUAAUGAAAAAGUGUUUAGAUAUCACUUUUUAAUGCUGAGACAACCUUUUGUAAAUUUCUGUGUGUAUAGAAAUUCAGGGGUGAAUGUGUACCAGAUAAUACAUUGGAUGUAUUGUAAAAAAAAAAAAAAAUUCUCCACAUUGUUUGAGCCCAGAACAUCGUAUACCUUUGUCAAAGAGUUGAGAACCAAGUUAGUGAACUGACAGGCAUGUGAAAGUCCAGAAACCAUCUGGUGGGAUACAUUUUGGUAGUUAUAUUUUCAUUUUCUACAUUCAAUUAUUUAAUAUAAUUAAUUUAAUGGUAUAUUAAUUAUUAUUCAGUUAUUGAAUGUUAGUAAUUAUAUAAAACAUACAGAAGCCGAUUCCCUUUGUCACAAACAUUUCUGUGAUGAAUGUUGAACUUGUUUUACAGACCAAACUUAUCUUUUACAUUUCCUUUGUCACACUGGCAAAAAUCAGUGAAAGUAAAAAUAAAUUUAAAAAAAUAUAUAUAUAUAUACCUUAUUGUGUGUAUGUCAGGUGGACCAAGCAAUGAGCUGACAUUAAAUUGAGUGGCUACAGAGUGGCUGUAAUAAGUCACCGCUGACAUCACUUGACUGUAACGUGAUCCUUGUUUUGCUGAAAGACACUGUAGGAAAAUACAGUUCAGCACUAUUCAUUCCUGAAAUUAUAGGAAUAAUGGGCAUACUGCACAUUGUAUGAAAUGUAUGUUUAGUCUGAUUUACAUUUCUGUGGUGGACCUCUAUGCAUUGUUUUGUCAUUUUGAGAAAUGUUGAAGAUAACAACGUAUAUAGCUUAAUGUGAAUAAAAUUAAUGUUUCAAGUUCAUGAGUUCAAAUUA